AUGUUGGCUUUCUUGGAUCAUAUUUGUAUUUACAUAUUGCCGUUGUUUCUAAGUGCUGCUUUCCUAAUCAGAUGGUAUAAUUCUACACCGCCAACUAUUAUCAGGAAACUACCACCUUCACCACCAACGUUGCCGGUUAUUGGCAACCUCCACCAGCUCGGGGCACUCGUCCACCAGUCAUUCUUUUCUCUGGCCAGACGCUAUGGUGACUCCCUCAUGCUCCUCCACAUCGGCUCAGUCCCAAGCCUGGUCGUCUCGUCAACUGAAGCGGCUCGUGAGAUCAUGAAGACACAUGAUUUAGCAUUUGCCAGCAGGCCCACCACCAGGAUGUUCAGGACCAUCUCCUACGAUCUCAAGGAAAUAACAGUCGCUCCUUAUGGUGAAUACUGGAGGCAAGCAAAGAGUAUUCUAACUCUCCAGCUUCUGAGUAACAAAAAGGUCCAGUCUUUUGAUGGACUCAGGGAAAAGAUAAUUGGCGAUUGCCUCACUAAAAUCACCCAAUGUUUCUUGUCAAACAAGCCUGCGGACUUGAGCGACUUGUUUAGCUCACUUACGAACGAUGUCACAUGCAUGGCGACGUUUGGGAGGACGUAUAACGAAGGAGAGAUUGGUAAGAAAUUUAAAAAGAUCAUGCAAGACUUCUCCGAGGUGCUGGGUAGCUUUUAUUUUGAGGAUUCUAUUCCUCAGCUUGCAUUCGUGGAUCGGAUUACAGGUCUUAGUGCUAAAGUCGAUAGGGUGGCGGUGGAUUUUGAUGAGUUCCUUCAAAAUGUGGUUGAUGAGACUUUAUCCAAGAAAAGAAAUAACCCUAAUCCAGUUAUAAGUGGUGAUGAACAUGGUGUGGAGACCUUCAUUGAUGCACUACUCAAGAUUCAGAAGGAAGAUAUUCUUGGCAUCACCAUCGACGCAGACGUCAUCAAAGCACUGCUCUUGGAUGCGUAUGUUGCUGGUACGGAUACAUCAUCAUCCGUACUGGAAUGGGCGAUGACUGAACUUCUGUUACAUCGUGAUUGCCUUGAGAAAGUCCAGGCCGAGAUAAGGUCAGUCCUUAACGGAAAGAAACACAUAACUGACAACGAUGUGGAGAAGAUGAAGUAUCUAAAAUGCGUCAUCAUGGAAGCCACCCGCCUCCAUCCUCCCCUUCCGGUUCUACCACCACGAGUUGCAAGACACGACGCCAAAGUAAUGGGGUAUGAUAUUGCAGAAGGAACUAGGGUAUACGUCAAUGUUUAUGCAAUUAUGAGAGAUCCUAAAGUGUGGGAUAAACCUGAAACGUUUAUGCCGGAGAGGUUCUUGGAGUCAUCUAUUGAUUUCGUGAGACACAAUUUUGAGUUGCUUACAUUUGGUGCUGGAAGGAGGAGUUGCCCUGGAAGGAUAUUUGCCAUGGCCAUCAAUGAGAAGGUGCUGGCGAAUGUUUUGUACAGGUUCGAUUGGGCUCUGCCACAAGGAGUUAGGCCACAGGACGUAGAUAUGAAUGAAACUUUUGGUCUCGCUAAUCAUCGGAAGGUUCCCUUGCUAGCCCUUGGGACACCAUUCUCCCCAUAA